UUUAUUGUUCUUUGAGUGUUUCUGAACGAAGCAUCAUGCCUGAACCAGCAAAGUCUGCCCCCAAGAAGGGCUCGAAGAAGGCCGUCACCAAAACCGCUGGGAAGAGUGGGAAGAAGCGCAAGAGGUCCAGGAAGGAGAGCUACGCUAUCUAUGUUUACAAAGUUCUGAAGCAGGUUCAUCCCGACACCGGAAUCUCUUCCAAGGCGAUGGGAAUCAUGAACUCAUUCGUCAAUGACAUCUUCGAGCGCAUCGCCGGUGAAGCGUCUCGUCUUGCUCACUACAACAAGCGCUCCACCAUCACAUCAAGAGAAAUCCAGACCGCCGUGCGUCUUCUGCUGCCUGGGGAACUGGCCAAACACGCCGUGUCUGAGGGCACAAAGGCUGUGACCAAAUACACCAGCUCAAAGUAAAGUGACAUCUCAUCUGAUCAGCGAACCCAAAGGCUCUUUUAAGAGCCAUCCAUAUUAUCUUUCAAAAGAGUCCUGAUCUUACACU